UUAGAAUUAAAAGUGAUAAGAAUAAUAUGAAAUGAUAAUUAAUUCGAAACGAAAUACGAUUGGUGGAAAAAGUUCGUGGAAAAGUUCCAUUUUUUCGUUGAGAAACAGGAUGGGAUGGUCGAUGAUUAAAAUAUUUUGGAAACGAGAUUUGAAAUGUUAAAUUUGGAUCGAGAGAUUUUUUUAUAUACGAUUCGUUUUGAGUUCUCCGCGCGUAAAAUAUUUCAUUUAGUAGAUAUAGAUAAAGAUAUAAUUACGUGAAAAAGUUACGAUACCAGCGAGGAAUUCCUUAAAAUAGGCACAAAAGAUUGUUUAGUAAACACUCUGAUUUCGUUCAUGUCCAACCUCUUCGAAAUUUGGUGAUAAGAGUUUUCUUGUUCGAAUCUUCUGUUCCUUUUUACAUAAUUUUUUUACAUUACAAAGGAAAAAAAAAAGAGGAAUUACAUCAUAAAGAAAGAAGGAAAAAGAAUUCGUUAAGAGAGAGAGAAAAAUAAAAAAAAGAAGGUAUCUUUUUUGCCAGAAAAAAAAAACGAAAUUAUCUCGCCAUGAUACGAACGACAAAUUUUUUUUUCCUCACACGUUGCAAUGAACUAUGCCUCGGAAAAAGAAACAAAGGACAAUCGUUUCUCGAUUUAUUUUUAUUUGUCCGUCCGUUAAGUUGGCCGUUUAAAUAAAUUUUCUUUGUCGCGGGGUCAAUAAAAUCGGAUUAAAAGUGGUUUUUCGACGAUGGUCGAGUGAUCCGUGCACGCCGCCGUAUCUCGAAUCACGUAAAAAUCGAGAGUCGAUCCUCAUAUGUUUCGGUAACCGAGGAUCGGCCGAUCCACCAUUGUUAAUUAAAUGCACGUUCAGUAAUCGUUCAAAAUGUCGCGUCACUGAAGAGUCGGGAAUGACAUAUUCCAUUUGAAUUAUAAUCACAGUUUCAAAAUUUUAAGUGUUUAUGACGAACCUGCCCAAAUUGCAUAGUUAAAACAUAGCUAAAGUUCAAAUCACAAUGAAAGGAAUUAGGGCAUUAGUUUUGCAGGAUCUCCCUCAUGUUUUUCCUUCCAAAAGUUUUCAGGUACGUAUUUAUUAUUAUUAUAAUCCGUCGAUUAGGCACACUUUGAACACGUUAUAUGUAAUAUUUUUACUCUCUGUCGUUCGAUCGAUACAUCUAUAUAUGUACGCUAUAUAUAUAUAUAUAUAAAAUUGCGUUGAAAUUGUAUCGAUCCGAUCCAAUAAAGUUGCAUCCUUUAUUUAAUCCUUUAUUAAAUAUAAACUUGACAAAUACAUUAAUUUUUGUCACCUGACCGUUGCGCGUAACAACUUGCAUACAAAAUUCCAUUAACCUCUCCUCACUCCUUCUCGUAUCUCGUUUCAUUACAUUUCAUUACGAUUAACCAAAUAAGAAAAGUAUUUCUGUUCGUUCGAAAUUUCUAUCUAUCCCCCUCUCAAAUUUUUAAUUUAGAUUCGACGAUCUUUGCGAGAAAAAAAAAAAGAUCUCGAGAUGAAAUGUAUUCGAUUCGAUUUGAACGAUCGGAAAAAAAAAAAAAUAUUUCGUUUCUCCAGUCGAAAAGAAAGAAAGAAAGAUUUUUUAACGAAACGAAAUUUAAUCAAUUUAAAUCAGCGAUCAUCGACGCAACUUCACACAACAGCGUCAUCCCGACGAUUCUGGAGUUUUUUCGAGUUCUCUUCGAAGGAAGAAAACUGUCAGGAUGCGAAGAAAUGUCCCUCGUCCAAGGACAUCGUUUCAACCUCGUUAAUCUCAACGAACGAAGUCGAUGAGGUGUCGAAAUCGGGGCCCCCUAAUCUGAUCCGCAAUAUUUCAACGGUGCCGCCCCCAAAUUUGAAGCGGUACAAUUCCCAGUUCGAUUUGAAAUCGAAGACGCCUAUAAGCUGUCUGAAGCUGCAGAACGUGUUGAAACAGGACAGUUUGGUGUCCCUGCUCGACGGAAAUCCCGUCCCGAAAACGCUCAAAUGGAAGCUGAAGGGUUACAAGACCCUUCGGAACGAGCAGGCAGGUGACUUCGCGUUCGUGCCGGGUGGAAAGUCGUACGAUUUCGAUAUUCUGACCAAGGACGAGCAGCAAGAGUUGAUCAACUCGGGCAAUUACGCGGACAGGUCUCGGGCGAAGGCGAGGAACAGCGACGCGAAAAGUAGUGACACGAUAUGCUUGACCACGAAAUCCAUAGAGAACGUGGAGGAAAUAUUUUGCAGGAAUAAACUGAUCGGCCAGGAUAAUCCCAUCAUGGACGGGUCAAAGAAGGGGGGGGCGGAGACGGUGACCGCCUCCGGUCAGAAAAUUCCCACCGCGACGAAAUUGUUGGUGGGCAACAACAAUCCUAACGCGCCCAGGAAGGAGGAUAUCAAGUAUCUGCCGAUCUUGAAAACCGCCGAUUUUUCCACCGGCCAGAUGAAGUAUCAGACGCAACCGUCCGUCCAGUUCUCGUCCAAACCGCCCAAGAACAUCCCGAAACCUUUGCCGCCGAUAAUGAAGAAGCAGGAUAGCAGCGAGAAGAAGUGGGUGGGCGAAACGGAGGAGAAGAAGAUCUCGCAGGUGCCCGACCCGUCCAUCACACCGAUCGCCUCGACACAAACGACGGAAACAGCACUGCCCACGGAACAGCACAAGUUGAGCCCGAUCCCCGAGAGCAAAAAGGUGGAUGUGCCGGUGAACGAGGGCGGCACGUUUCAAUUUGCAAAGGUGCCCGAACCCACGGUUCAACAGCAACAACAGCAGCAGCAGCAACAAGAACUGCAACAACUGCAGCAACAGCAGCAGCAGCAACAACAAUUGCAACAGCAACUGCAAGAGCAGCAACAGCUGCAACAACUGCAGCAACAGAUGCAACUGGAGCAAGAGAAACAGCAGCAACUGCAACUGGAGCAACAGAAGCAGCAACAGCUACAAGCGGAGCAACAGGAACGGCAACAGCAAGAGGCGAAGGAAGCGGCGAAAUCGAUGGAAAAAGAGAUGGUGGAACCGCAAGCGAGCGAGGAGAGGCCUGCUCCGGAGGACGAUAUAAUCAACUCGAAGUACGCGUUGGAGAUGCUGAGGGCGGACGAGAUGGAGGAGAAUUUGGAGGAGGAGAGGUCGCAGGCGUAUUUCGAGAGCGAUAGGAACUCGUCGAGAAGGGAGAAUAAGACGGGGGAGAUGGAAACUGAGGCGAGCGAAGGGGAGGUGAGCAACGAGAUGUCGAGGCAGAUGGAGAUGAGAGAGGUGGAGAGUGAUAUGAACGAUUCUGAACUUGCAUCAACAAAUCCUCAAGUUGAACCGACAAAAGGAACGGAACAAAACAUCGAAUCACCAAGCGAAGAAUUGAAAUUAAAAUUUUUCAAACCUACUCCCGAAACUAGGGUAGAUAAUAAGCAAACGGGCAACGACCAAGCCACCACGUAUUUCGCGCCACGAAAGUCGAGCAGGAGCAGCAGGCCCAGCUUCGUGAUGGAGAAACCGAUCAUGAACAUAAGCAGCCCUUACGAGAACGAGCCUCGGAUGCCGACCUCGCCUUGCGCCGCCACCCAGGCCAAGUUGUUGCGGGCAAGCUCGAGCAAGCAUUCCCACGGGUCGGACAUGGGCGGUGGUAAAGCCUCCUCCAUGGCCGGAAACUCGGGAGGGGGCUCGAGGAAACCACCGUCCUCCUAUCCUCCGUUCACGUCAAGGAGGUCGGCCUCCAACAGUUCCAACUGUUUGACCAAAAAAUUGCCGAUCGCCAGGGAAUCGGAGGGCGGGCUGCGCGCGAUCAUGAUGAACACGAGGAGCCCCUCGUCCAACAUCUCCACUUCCACCAUGAAUCUGAGGAAUAAGAACAAGGAGAAUCAGAAUAUGAAGAAUAGGAAGGACAAGAAGUGCAACAAAAAGGAGUGCAAACGGUACUGCUGCCCCGCGCUGCAAACACCGACAGAUUGCGAUUACACCAAGUUCCAAUGCCCCAACACGAAACACAUCGUCAAUGCAACCAAAAUGGUCCAUUACGAUCCGACAUGUCUGCCCCAAGAGGACGAGGACGAGAUACGGGAGAUUUGCACCGAUCCCAGGGCGCACAAGAAGUGCAACAGAGACAGGAAUAAUAAUCCGAGUCGAAGCAGACGGGACAGCUCGUAUCCUGGAAGGAGUCGUCGAAGCGACGACAGAAGUUCGACGACGGAUAGCAACAGAGGUACCGAGUUCUGCACGAAACCGAGGAGCUCGACGGAUACGAGGAGCUCGACGGAUACGAGGAGCUCGACGAAUAUGAGGAGUUCGACGGAUACGAGGAGUUCGACGGAUACGAGGAGCUCGACGGAUAUGAGGAGUUCGACGGACACGAGGAGCUCGUCGGACAGUUCGAGGAGCAGAGACGUGAACAGGCGGUCGAGGGACGACAGCAGCGGGAGCAGCAGCAGAUCGGCGAAGUUCGGGAAGAGGAAUUUCACCAACUCGGCGUACGUGAGACGGCCGAAAGCUAUGAAAAGCGUGAAGCGAUUCUCCUCGUUGCCCGCGUUCGCCAUCCCUUUGCUCGGCGCGAAGGAGAGCAGGGAGGUGAACCAAAAGAUACUGAUCUCGCCGUCCAAGUGCAAUUUCUCCAAGUGCAAGAGGAACGACGACAAUAGGACGAGGUGUAAACAGAACAGGUGCAAGAGGCAGGCGAACAAGUGCAAGCUGCAGGGGGACAGGAAGGGAGAGGAUAAUUGCAAAAAGGUGAAGGGUUCCUGCGACAAUGCCGCUUGCAAGAGGCAGGGGAAGAGGGAGUCGAAGAAGGACACCGACGCUUGCCAGAGGGUGAAACCCGUACUCUGCGACGAUAACGACGAUAAUUCUUGCAAAAGACCGACCAAGGUGGUGGACGAUCCUUGCAAGACGGUCAGGUCGUCGUCACGGUCGUCGUCACGGUCGUCGUCGGGGCACAAGAAGAAGGACGAUUCGAAAAAGACUUCAGGGAAAUUGAGUUGCAGUAGUGUAACCGCGAUCAAGGAGGGUCAGUAUGGCACUAAGGAUUCGACCAACACUUUGAACAUAUGCGGUAAGAAGAGGGAGCAAAUGUGCAAAGAUAGGAAAAAAACAAUAAUCCCAGAAAGCGAAAAAGCAAAAGAAUCCGCGAAAGAAAGGAUGGAUAGAGAACGAAGAGAGAUCGAGGAGUGCAAGAAAGAUAUUAUGCCUAAAAAGAAAAAGGACGAGAAGAAAGUGGUGUCCGGUUUAGAGCGUGUUAUCAGUCCGUGCAAAGAGCAAUUGAAGAAGAAAGACGUGAAAUUUUCAAACCUAAAGUUUCCCUUGAAUCUUAUAAGCAGUUUGCAAGAUUCGAAAUUGUUGAACGAUCGAUUGAGGAAAUUUUCCAACGAGGAACCCUAUGAGAACAAUGAUGUCGCUUUGAAUGAUUUGGUGCCGGAAAAGAAAUUCUGGAUCUUCCACGAGGACCUGAACUACCCGGACGUGCCUAGUUUAAAAGAAAACGUUGAGGAUAUACCGGAAGCGGAUGAUGAUGAUAACGCUAGCAAUACGUGGUUCUUUUCGUGGUUCAACGGCUGUCAAUAAUUAAAAAAAAUAAUACUGUCAAUAACAAAGAAAGUGAAUGGUAUAUAAUUUAUAUUUUAAAGUUCUACCCUUUUUCGUGUAGUCCCGGGAGUAGUUUAUUUAAAAAGAAAGAAAAAAAAAUGAUAAAAUAUAUGUAAAUUAAGAAUUGAUUAUAUAGAGUAUAGAUCAACUGU